GUUUUGGAAUUUUAAAUUUGGCGCGGAUUAUUUGCACCAGUCACAAAUCAUGUGACGAAUGAGCAUGCGAUGUAACCGCUAACCUCUUUCCUUUACCCGAUUAAAUGACAAGAUGUCUACGAAAAUCAUUAAACCGGGAGGUGGAGAACCUGACCAAUUCGAGACUCAGGUCUCACAGGCUCUUCUAGAAUUGGAGAUGAAUUCCGAUCUGAAGGCCCAAUUACGUGAAUUGCAUAUUACGAAAGCUAGAGAAAUCGAACUUAACAAUAAGAAGUCGAUUAUAAUUUACGUACCAAUCCCGAAGUUAAAGCAAUUUCAAAAAAUUCAAACUAGAUUGGUACGCGAAUUAGAAAAGAAGUUUAGUGGAAAACAUGUAGUGUUUGUCGGAGAACGUAAGAUCCUUCAAAAACCGACGAGGAAGACCCGUGCUAAAAACAAGCAAAAGCGUCCAAAAUCUCGUACCUUAACUGCCGUGUAUGAUGCGCUUCUUGAAGAUUUAGUAUUCCCUGCUGAAAUUGUUGGAAAACGAAUUCGUAUAAGGUUAGACGGAUCGCAACUAACCAAAGUUCACCUUGACAAAAAUCAACAAACGACUAUUGAACAUAAGGUGGACACGUUUGCUUCGGUAUAUAAGAAGUUGACUGGAAGGGAAGUUACUUUUGAAUUUCCUGAACCGUACUUGUAAUUUCAAUGAAAAACAACAAUAAAUAACUGGAGUAAUUAUUGUUAUUUUAUAAUAAAAUAUUUUUAAGUA